AUGACGAAGUAUGGGUCUACCGCCGCAAAGUCUAUCGAUCGAAGAACCCCUAACCUCUCUUCAUUGUGCACUCCCCGAAGAACGUCGCCGGCGCGCGCGAUACCUCUGUCGGCAAUCCCUCUUCCGGCCCAUAGCCCUCCUUUAAAUUUCUUCUCUCUUCUCUCGACACUCUCUCCCUCAAGCUCACUGUGGCUCACCUCUCUCACGGCUGGUCUCGCCGUCGACCCCUCUCUCUCCGGUUUCACGCUUCUCUCGCGCCUGUUUCGGACUCAAGCUCGUCGCGCUCUGUCACCACUGUCGCAAGCUCUGUCGCGCUCUGUCACCAUUGCAAGCUCGUCUUCUUGCGUCGGCCGUCAACGCUUCCUUCGUCAUGAGUUGGUCUUGGGUAGGUUGGUAAUUAGGAACUGGGAGGAUGAAAUUGAGUUAGAUGGAGAAGUGAUUGAAUUGAGUUACCACGGCUCGUAUCCCUGGUGGCAAUUGCUGAGAGGAAGUGUAGAGAGAAGCCCAGCCAGAGCUUCAUUGCUUUAUCUACCCUUGUUCCUGGUGUUCACUACUAUGGCAUUCAUCUUGUUCACUGAAGAGAAUGUUGACAUUGCUGUUGUUGAGGCUGGUUUAGGGGGUGCUCGGGAUGCAACGAAUGUUAUAUCCUCAAAAGUUCUGCCAAGAAAUUCCUUGGGCAAAGGGAGAUUUCGAGGGUGUCAGUCCCAAAAGAUUUCGAGUCUGGAGGUCCUAAAUGUUUUGCUUACAUCGACUUCAAGGAUUCUUCUAGCAUGAAGAGAGCUCUAGAACUCAAAUGAAACUGAACUUGCUGGUGGUUAUUACCUCUCAGUUGAAGACAGUGUUUAUUAUUAAUUUUGAUAGUGUUUAUUAUUAAUUUGACAGAGUGUGGCGUUGGCUUUGAUACGAUAAUUAACUAAAAGUUUGAUUUCUUUAUCCAUUUAUUUAUUAUUAAUUUUUAUUA